GCAGGUGGAGGAGGUGAUCUGAGCCGAGGUCGUCCGUGAUGGGGAGAAAACUGCCCCCUUUUGCUCCGGCGGGGAGGAAGCGCAAAGGUCCCUCCUUUCCCACUCUCUCCCCCUGCAAGCUCCGGCGUACCACCGAGGCAAGUGGCUGGGCGUCUCUACCCACCGAUCUAAUCCACCUCGUCACCUCCCGCCUCCUGUCCGGCGACGUGGUAGACUACAUUCCACACGAGCACGGCGAGGCGCCUCCGUGUGCCCCUCCCGGACCUCCGAGGCCGACGAUCCAGUGCACCGCCGCGAUCCGCGUGCUCAAUCCCUUCACGCGGGACGCCGUCGACCUCCCUUCCCUCGGACCCGUAGUCCACCUGGUGAUCUUGUGCCGGCUCACCAUGCUCAACAUGAACGCCGCCGUCUGCAACAGCGCGUCAUCCAUCGCCGUGGUGGCCUGGUUUCCAGGGACAGGCGUGAUGCUUGCCGCCGAGCCUGGCCGCCUAAAUUGGGAGGUCCUCCACAAAUAUGUUGCUUUUAUGAGCGUCUUGCCCUACCAAGGACGGCUUUACGCCACCAUGGCCGACUCCAGGGAGAUCAUGCAGCUGUACCCGAGAUCAACCCACCCCGUGCUAGCUCAUGUUCCCAAUGGUUUCGGCGAGCCGAUGCAGUGCGAGUUCUACCUGGUGGAGUCCGGUGGGCAAGUGCUGCUUGCUGUCCAAUAUUUAACUGUGGCCGCCGACCCAAACAGCCUCCAAUGCUUUGCAUACAAAGUAUACACAGUGGACGUCGACGGCCGCCGCCCUGAGCCGCUGAGCCCCGUGAGCUCCCUCGGCGACCGGGCUCUGUUCCUCAGCAAGCACCGCUGCCUGUCGGUCUCGGCCAGGGACCUCCCUUCCGUCACCGGCGGCUCCAUCUACUUCUCUUUGUUCUAUCACAAAGACCCGUCGUGGUUCACUCGCUCAGGACCGGCUUGACGGAGCAGCUGUCGACGGCGUGCCUGAUACACAACGGGAAGGAUCGGGUCCGCCCCUCGGUGCGCCCCUUCACCAUUGCUGACCAUCUUCUCACCUUUUGCCAUCCUCUUGAAUGGACAAACGGACUCAUGUUUCAUGAGUACCACUUCAUACCUGAAUCUUUCCAGGAAUUGAAGAAUAAAAUCAAGGCGAAGGAUUCUCAAGUCCGGUUUCCUCGAGACGCCCACAGUGUGUUUCUCGCAACGAAGAAACAUGCUCGAUCGCCACGCUUUGCACUACCGAGUGAAUAAUGAAGGCAUAGUUAGUUCACAAAAUAUAUGGUUCUCUCCGCUGGCUCGGUUUGGAUCUUAAUUUCUGUGGCUCGGUAAAUUUAUUGGCCCUCGGACCGUGUGUUGGCAUGUUCAUCUGAAUUUGUUUUGCCACUGUUUGUCUAUGUGCCAUUCCUAUGUAGUGGUGGUUCAAACCUGAGUACUGGCAAAUAAACUUGAUCUUUCAAGCAUGUGCUGAUUACAGCCUAAGGAUAUGGCACUAGGAUGUUUCUGCUUCUCCUUUUUUAGCUGGCAUGUUGUUAAAUUGCAUCUUGAUGUCCGUAUUUCAAUGGAGUUGCAGUUAGUUGA